AGGCUCCCAGCGUACGUAUAUGCGAGGCGGCGUGGGUGCUGCGGACGAUGCUGUUGUCACGAGCCCCGCACCUCCUGCGUGAUCGACGACACCGUGGCUGUUCCCAGCCCAGGUGCGGUGUGGGUACCGAGCUAACGGAGUGGCUCCUAUCCCUGUCCUCUACCGUGCACUCCAGGUCGCAGGCAGCGGGCAUGUGGCAGUCGCUGCUUGAGGAAGGUGCUAUCUAUCACGUGACGGGGGAACAACCUUUCCGGGACAAAUACCUGUUCUAUCGGUUCCUGGAGGAUGCAGCUGCGGCCCCUGGGGUGCCACCCAUCACGCCCACGCCAGCGGAGAAGCGAGAGGCUGAAGAGAGACUCACGCCCAUCCUGGCUUUCCUCCAGCAGCGAGCUCCAGACUCCAUGCUCAGGAUGAUCCUCAGGAAGACGAGCCACGAGCGUACCAUCGAGGAUCAGGAGGUCAUCUACGAGGAGCUUCUCCACCUCAAGGCGCUCUCCCACCUCUCCAACUCCGUCAAGAGGGAGCUCGCCUCCAUUAUCAAGUUCGAGUCCCACUCCAGAGAGGGAACGAUAUUGUUCCAGCAGGGAUCUGAGGGCAAGUCAUGGUACAUCAUCCUCAGAGGGUCCGUUAACGUGGCCAUCCAUGGUAAGGGUGUCGUCAACACACUACAUGAAGGGGACGACUUCGGCAAGCUGGCUCUCGUCAACGAUGCUCCGAGAGCUGCGACCAUUAUACUCCACGAGGACAACUGCCAUUUCCUACGUGUGGACAAAGGCGACUUUAAUCGAAUUAUGAGGGACGUGGAAGCCAACACAGUCAGACUCAAGGAACACGGUCAGGAUGUACUCGUUCUCGAGAAGAUUUCCACCAACGCCCACUCUCACUCGCAUUACAAGUACACAGUGAUGGCGGGAACACCACAGAAGAUGCUGGAGCAUCUGCUGGAGACUCGUCUUGACGGUCGUCGGGGUAGCGUGGGCUUGGAGAUGGCAGACCUGCCACUCAGACGCUACGACCUGGCCACUACUGACCUCUUUCUCGACGACUUCCUCCUCACCCACAUAGUCUUCAUGCCAUACCCACACCUCACCCAGGAGCUCCUCAGACAUUACCGCAUGGAUAGUCAGGGUAACAGCCAGGACGAGGAGUUCAUCGUGGCGUGCAAGAGGAGAGUCAUCCACUUCGUCCAUCGCUGGGUCAUGACCAUCAAGAACCCUGUUUUCUACAACGAUGCUGCCACUCAGUUCCUCCAGACGCUGCAAGAGGAGGUAGCAAAGGACGUGGAGACGUACGGAGUUGCACUGCGGGACGAGGCUUCACUGAUGUUGAGCGUGGCAGAGGCUCUGGAGCGCCAUGAAAGAUGUUCUGCGGCUGAAGUCAGUAAGUGGAAGCUUCCCACCAGUGGACGACCGAUCAGCCUCUUCGGUGUGUCGUCGACGGAAGACUCAGUGGAGCCGCAUAGAGUGAUGCGAGCCCAGGACGACAGUAAGAGCAGCGGCAUGACCCCCGACGUUUCUCUCUCUCACUCCUUGAUGUGCUCCUCUGUUAUCUUCCGGGUGUACUGCGCCGACCACACCUACUGCACUCUCAGGUUUUCCCUCCAGACCACCAGCGACGUCAUCAAGAGGUCAGCCGCCGACAAGCUGGGUGUUCGUCAGGAGAAUCUGUUGCUCGUCGAGUUAAAGUCAACAGGUGAGGUGGUGCCUCUGCGGGAGAAGGAAGUGUGUCCCCCCACUGGUCUCAGCCUCAAUGGUCGUCUCUUCAUCUCCAACAAGGACCACCUCGACGCCCUGAUGCCUCUGCCAGAGCAAGAAGGCCCAUCAGAAGGAACCUUAAACCAGCUGGAGAUGUACAGCACACGGGAGUUAGCUUACCAUAUAACCCUUCACGACUGGAACCUCUUCAGCGCCAUCCACGAGUAUGAGUUCCUGUAUCAGGUGUUUGGCCGCGACCACUUCGGACAAGUUAUGUGUAACCUGGAUGUGUUCUUGCGUCGAUUCAAUGAGAUCCAGUACUGGGUGGUGACAGAGAUCUGUCUGGCCAACGCACUCUCCAAGCGCACUCAACUCCUCAGGAAGUUUAUCAAGUUGGCUGCAUACUGUAAAGAACACCAGAACUUGAACGCUUUCUUUGCCAUUGUCAUAGGCCUAAGCAAUGUUGCUAUAUCUCGCCUCACACAGACCUGGGAGCGCCUGUCCUCAAGGUUUCGCAAAAUGUAUACAGAAUUUGAGAUGCUGAUUGACCCAUCGAAGAACCAUCGAGCUUACAGGAUCUACGUAGCCAAGCUUCAUCCUCCCAUCCUACCCUUCACACCUCUCCUCAUGAAGGAUAUGACAUUCACACACGAAGGAAACCGCACAAUGCUGGAUGGUCUUGUUAAUUUUGAGAAGAUGCACAUGUUAGCGCAAACUCUACGAACCAUUCGCUACUGUCGUUCCAGACCGCUUGUUCGUGCGUCGAGCAUCGUCACAGGAAAUGCACUUGAGGCUCCACCAGUGCCUAAAAAUGAGAAUGAAAUCAGGGUUUAUGUCAGGAAUCUUCAGGUAAUUGACAAUCAGCGACGUCUCUUAGCUCUCUCCCAGCGAUAUGAACCUAAAAGACCAUGAGUGGAAAGAAGAAAGACUUUACCGUCUUUCAACUAAUGUGAAGCAAAUCACAAUGGCCUUGAUGUAACUAGAAAAUAAUUAAAUGACAACGACCUUUCCAGGUCAAGUGUUAUGCAUUUUUAACUUCUGAAGAUAGAUCAUCAAGUGACUCUUGGCUGACGGGAAAACCAUACACCACAUGAAAAAUGGAUACUAAAUGAAAAAAAAAAAAGAAUAAUUUCAUGUGAGGGAACUGUGAAAAAAAAAUUUCUUUCAAGGAGUGUGUGUUAAGAGCACUGAAUCACAUUUUUAUUUUUUGUGUGAAAAAUGCCAAAUAUUAAAGGAAAAUUAUUAAGUGACAACCUUAGAAGUAAAUUAUAAUAAAAAUCGUGAACGAUAAAGCUUGACAGUUAAUGUCAUGAAAAGUAUUUGAAAAUUGUGAGAGUAAUGCAUUAUUUUAACUUCUAGUGAUUUGAAUAAUUUAAAACAAAAUGUAUAGCUAAAGUAACUAGAUAAAUUAAAUUAUUUUUAUCAGAGUGAAUUAAAAAAAAUCCCACAGCAUGUGCACACUGAAGGACGAGUGUAUAUCAUAUAGGAUAUAAGAACAUGAUUUAAGAGAAAGAACUCAGUGAAAAAUAUAUCUUAUGUUCUUAAAAGAAUUAGAUGUGUAUAAUGUAUGAUGAAAUAUGAUGUUGAAUUUAGAUUAAAUGUGAAAUUAAAAAUGAUAAUUCGAACACAUCAAAAUUAUCAUUGUAUAUUUAUUAACUUUUAUAAAUAAUAUUCUUGUAAGGAAUAUUUCUUGUACUUAGUGAGGAAUAUGUAUCUAAGCAAAUUUUUUUAAAAAUAAUAUUGAUGUAUUGAUGUGUUCAAUUAUAAUUUAAUUUCCUUUUCAUAUUUAUUCGAAUAUAGAAUUAUGAUAAUAGCCGUUACCAAUAAAAAAAAAAUCUGGAAUAAUUUCUAAUGACAAAAUAAAAAUAUAAACAUAAACAUAAUAUAUGAAAUAGUGUAUAUAAUCUUUCAUAGAGAAUAUAUAUAGUUUUAAUGUGUUAAGGAGCUAUUGACUACAUAAGUGACUUUAUGAUUUUCUAUUAACUUUAUAUUAUAUACAAAAUAUUUUAAUUUAAGGAUUUCAAUAUUGCCAAAGUCUCAGUGACUACACCAAAAGUUAUGAAAAAUAUUUUACCCUUGACGUUAAACGUUUGAAAGUAAACGUUUAAAGCACCUUAUAAAACUUUAUAAUUGUCCUUUGUAUUUGUAUUCUUGUCUGUGAUGUGAAGGUCAGAAGAUGUACAGCAUAAAAUUAUUUUUUGUAGUUGCUUUUACAAUAUUUAAAAAUGUAUCUGAGACUUAAAUGUACAUAAGGUAUUAGCUGAGGUUGAUUUGUACAAAGGUAUUAUAUAUUAUUAAUAACAUCAGCCAUUGUGUAUCAGGGUCCACUAUGUUGUUUGCAAGGUUUAAUGUUUAUGUUGGUACCAGGCAUGUCGAUAUCAUGGGCGACUCUUAAUAUGAGUCCAUAAAUGACGUUAUCAUUUGUGACAUUUGAGGCUAAGAUUAGUACUUGCGGUCAGUAAAUAUAUAUGUAGGUCUACCGUGUGUUUGUCUUGAAGGUGAUGGAGUGUCAUCAUUAUUACCAUUAUUAUUACUAUCCUUCUCGUUGAUGAUGUUUUAUGUAGAGUUGGGUGUAAGUUCGUUACAUUAAAACCAAAAAGGCCACAUGUACCGAAAAUAACUAUGAGUUGAUUGUAUAUUUUAUUGCCAGAUGUGAAAACAGCACAAAAGGAUUAGAAUCCAGAAUAUAUCACUGCAUACCUGUAACUGAAGGGAUAUAUAAAUGUAACAUGAAAAGAAACAAAACUUAUUAAAAUUUAUUAUGUAUAUUGAGGCCAUUAAAUUUCUGUCAGCGUUGAAAAUUAUCAGAAAUAUUUUAUGAUGGCUUCCUUAUUAAUGCAUUCUUUAUUUUGUCGUUUGGGUAUAUUUUACUAGUUGGAAACUUACAGAAAGUAGUAAUGUGUAGUGUGUGUCAUCAUUAGAACGUAGGGCCAACUGUCACUCAAGUUCCUCUCAUGUACAUAACGUAUGACCAUUAUUCACUGGCCACUUCAUAAGUGUUAUUUCUUCCCUUCAUUCCACUUGUAAGACACUUGAUAGUUUUACUGUUCAGUGUGCGGUAUACAUUCCUUGCAGGAAAAAUCUAGACAUUCUGUCUGUCCUAAACACAGUAAAAGUAUUUUCAAUCGUGUAUGACAGCUGAGAUAUCGAGCAAACUCUCUAGGUAUAUAAUAUUGACUUAUCAACUAA